AACGUAAACAAGCACUAGAGCCAGCUGACCAAACUCCCGGGGGAGAUACUUCGGUCUAAACGACACAGCAAGGAUCUCUACGUCAGACAGACAAGAUCAUCUGGUACUGUAACGACUUCCUACCAGAGUAGGGACAUGGCAGAGUCGUCAUCUUCUCCUUAUGAACAUGAAACAUCCACUAAGCGCAGAAAUAGUCUUGAAUUUCUGCCACCUCUAAUGACUGAGAUGAGGGUUGUUCUGCUGGGGAACAGCUGGUCUGAACAGAGUUCUGUGGGGAACUUCAUAUUCAGCAAGAUCUGGUUCAACCCCCAAGAAGAACCAGAGCGCUGUGUAUCACUUAGCGAAUUUAUUGGAGACAAAAAAAUGGUUGUAAUCAGCACACCAAAUUUUUUUCAUCCUGACAUUCUUGAAAGCAAACUUAAUGAGUUUGUAGAAGACUUGGUGAAACUCUCUGAUCCUGGACCUCACAUGUUCUUGCUGGUUCUCCAGCCUGAAAGCUUCACUGAGCAGCAACAGAAGAGGCUCCAAUCAGCCCUGCAGUUUUAUGGUGACCAGGUUUACAACCAUAUUCUGGUCUUAAUACCAGACGGAUCAGGUGGCCUAGACAAACCUCAGCAACAUCCACAGUAUGGAGAACUGAUGAAUGCAAAGUCUGAGAUGCCCAGCUCCUCUGAAAACCUGAAAGAAGACAAGGGAGUCAGGAUCAACUGGGAUGCUGUUCGAGAAGUUGACGCCUCCCAAUAUCACCUCUGA